AGGUUUGAAAGAAACUUUUGGACUGUGAAUUGAGGCAUUGGACUCAAGAUGGCCUCGCCAGCAGACAGCUGCAUCCAGUUCACCCGCCACGCCAGCGAUGUCCUCCUCAAUCUCAACCGCCUUAGAAGCCGGGAUAUCCUGACCGACGUCGUCAUCAUUGUGAACCGUGAGCAGUUCAGAGCCCACAAAACAGUCCUGAUGGCCUGCAGCGGCCUCUUCUACAGCAUCUUCACUGACCAGCUCAAGUGCAACUUGAAUGUCAUCAACCUGGACCCUGAAAUUAACCCUGAGGGGUUUUGCAUCCUCUUGGACUUCAUGUAUACGUCCCGCCUGAACUUGAGGGAGAGCAAUAUCAUGGCUGUGAUGGCCACAGCGCUGUACCUGCAGAUGGAGCAUGUGGUUGAUACCUGCCGAAGGUUUGUCAAGUCUAGUGAAGCAGAGAUGGUGUCUGCUGUGAAGACCCCAAGGGAAGAGUUUUUGGCUGGACGGAUGCUGAGCCACCCAGAGGUGAUGGCUUAUAGGAGCAGAGAUGUCUCAGAGAACGGCAUGCCUCUCCAAAAUGGGUCACUCUGCAAUGGGAGGGCCUUUGCACCUGGCUUGAUCAAUAGUUUGUCUGGCUCCCCCAUUUCCUACCAUGGAUACAGCCCUCUCCCUCUAAAUAGCUUCCUUGUGGAUGAUGAGUUGCGGGAGAUGAGGAUGCCUCUCUCCGAACUCUCGAGGGCAGGUGCCUUCCCCAAGGAGAGGAUCCUGCCAUGCGACAGCUCCAGGACAAUCCCCACUGAGUACAUGAGAACCAUUACUGACAUCUCGGCCAACAUGUGCCACGCUACCAUCUAUGCUCCGAAAGAAGGUGCUGCUGAAGAAGCCAGGAGCGACAUGCACUACAGCGUCGCCUCUGGCCCCAAACCUGUCGUCCCUUCGAUCCGGAACAAUCCUUAUUUCUCUUGCGACAAAGUGGCCAAAGAGGAGGAGCGCACCUCUUCAGAGGAUGAAAUCAGCCAGCACUUUGAGCCCACCAACACCCCCCUGGACCGCAAGGGACUCAUCAGCCCCCAGAGCCCCCAGAAGUCGGACUGUCAGCCCAACUCGCCAACCGAGUCCAGCAGCAGCAAGAAUGCCCGUAUCAGUCAGAGCUCGAGCUCCCUCUUCACCAAGAGCCCCACAGACCCCAAAGCCUGCAACUGGAAGAAGUACAAGUUCAUUGUCCUUAACUCUCUCAAUCAGAGCACCAAGCAAGACAGUGCUGACCAGAACGAGAUGGGAACCCUCUCUCCUCGCACCUACAUGCCCAUGUCCACUUGCCAGCAGUCCAUGGAGCCAGAGCAUCUCAAUGUGCAAUCCCCUACCAAGAUAAGUGUGAAUGGAGAAGACUCUACUAUCCCGCAAGCGAGCAGACUCAACAAUAUUGUUAACAGGUCCCGGGAUGGGUCCCCUCGGAGCAGCGAAGGGCAGUCCCCACUGUACAUGCAUUCGUCGAAGUGCAGCUCCUGUGGCUGCCAGUCCCCACAACAUGCUGAGAUGUGCCUUCAUACCCCUGGCUCAAACUUUGGAGAGGAGAUGGGGGAAACCCAGUCUGAAUACUCUGACUCCAGCUGCGAGAACGGAGCCUUCUUCUGCAAUGAGUGCGACUGCCGGUUCUCUGAGGAGGCCUCUCUCAAGAGACACUCUCUGCAAGUCCACAGUGACAAGCCCUACAAGUGUGACCGCUGCCAGGCCUCCUUCCGCUACAAGGGGAACCUCGCCAGCCACAAAACCGUCCACACAGGAGAGAAGCCAUACCGCUGCAACAUCUGUGGGGCACAGUUCAACCGGCCAGCCAACCUGAAAACCCACACACGCAUCCACUCCGGAGAGAAACCCUACAAGUGUGAGACCUGUGGGGCCAGAUUUGUCCAGGUGGCCCACCUCCGUGCUCAUGUGCUCAUUCACACUGGGGAGAAGCCAUACCCCUGUGAGAUCUGUGGCACACGCUUCCGGCACCUGCAGACCCUCAAAAGUCACCUUCGAAUCCACACAGGAGAGAAACCAUAUCAUUGUGAGAAGUGCAACCUGCAUUUCCGCCACAAAAGCCAGCUGCGGCUCCACCUCCGGCAGAAGCACGGGGCCAUCACCAACACCAAGGUGCAGUAUCGCAUCUCGGCGAGCGAGGUGCCUCCGGAGCUGCCCAAGGCCUGCUGAAGGCAGAGGAUUUCCCAGGAGGAGGUCAUCUUGGGGUGGCGGGAGGGGAAAGUUGUCCAAAGGAUACUUGCAACACUUUAAAAAAAAAAAAAA